AUGGGAUGCGUUCAGGCCAGGCCUUCUACAUACUCUCCUCAUGGUCAAGGCAUUGAGAAGCUGAAGUUGGAUGGUGGGUAUGUUAAGGGAGGCAGAGAAAGGAUACCCAUAACGAGAUCAUUAGCUCAUUUGGAAGAAUACAGCCUGAAGGAUAUUCGAAAACUGGAAGAUAAGCAUGUUGUGGGAGUGAGGUUGGUUGAAGAAGGGAGGGUGGUUUUGAGCGAGGCGGAGAGGGAGAGGAGUAGCGGUAGUCAGAACGUGUCGAGGAGGGUUGAGCCGGCGAAGAAGAUCGGAGAAGAUGAGCUUGUGGAUGGGUGGCCAAAGUGGCUGGUUGAUAAUGUUCCUGGAGAUCUGUUGGAGGGUUUGGUUGCCAAGAGUGCUGAUUCCUAUGAUAAACUUGAUAAGAUCGGCCAAGGAACUUACAGCAACGUGUACAAAGCUCAAGAUAGGGUCACGAAAAAGAUUGUGGCUUUGAAGAAAGUGCGGUUCAACACAUCGGAGCCGGAGAGCGUGAAGUUCAUGGCAAGAGAGAUAAUGAUGUUAAAGAGGCUUGAUCAUCCCAACGUCAUCAAGCUUGAAGGACUAGCCACGUCAAGGAUGCAGUAUAGUCUUUAUCUGGUUUUUGAUUUCAUGCACUCAGACUUAACUAAAAUUAUCUCCGGUCCCGGUGAUAGGCUCAAUGAAGCACAGGUCAAGCGCUACAUGCAGCAGUUACUUUCUGGUCUGCAACACUGCCAUGAGAAUGGAGUUUUACAUCGAGACAUCAAACCUUCCAACUUGUUAAUAGACAAAAAUGGAGUGUUGAAAAUUGCUGAUUUUGGGCUUGCAAAUCUUUAUCUUCCAAACAAAAAAUGCCCCCUUACAGGUCGAGUUGUGACACUUUGGUACAGAGCUCCAGAACUACUGUUAGGUUCCACAGAUUAUGGAGUUGGCAUUGAUCUUUGGAGUGCAGGAUGCCUAUUGGCAGAGAUGUUUGUUGGAAGGCCAAUUAUGCCCGGGAGAACCGAGGUUGAGCAGCUCCAUAAGAUUUUCAAACUUUGUGGUAAACCCUCAGAGGAGGAAUAUUGGAAGAAAAUGAAGCUGCCGACAACCUUCCGACCGCCAUCGCAUUAUAAACCUAGUUUUCAAGAAGCCUUCAGGGCUUUUCCUACCUCUUCAUUUGGUCUUUUGACAACACUUCUUGCUCUAGACCCAACCUCUCGAGGCACUGCUGCUUCUGCUCUCCAAAGUGAAUUCUUUACUUCAAGUCCCUUGGCAUGUGACCUUUCAGCUCUACCAGCACCCGGGAAAGAAAAGGAUGAAUCUCGAACAAGUAGUCGUAAGAAGCGCAGGCCUAAAACAAAGCAACCAUCUCAAACAAAUCGUGAAGGUCAUCGGACAGAGGACCUAAUUGAUCAAGCCAGUGGAGAUUUUGACGCUUCUAAAGAGGUAAAAUCGAAGAAUGAAGAGCCACAACAUAGCCAAGAGAUGGUUUACAAGGCAAGUAGCACUUCCUCUAGUGCACAAACGACUAGGCAUGGAGGGAACUUGCAUGAAUCCCUAUCCCCAGUUCUUCGUUCUCAUAAAAUACAAUCACCAAAAACUGAGGGUCAUCCUAAUGCUCUCAAGAACAUCAAGAAUCUUACCCUUUUUCAUGCCUCUAUAACAGAUAUCAUCAACCCGAAUGGAGGCAACAUAUUGGCUCAAUAUCGCAGGUCUUUUUCUGAAAUGGAUCUCCGAAAUCAUGAUCCAGACAAGAUAACAAAAUUAUUUCGAGUCAACAAAGAUAAGGCCACCAAGAAUGAUGCUUUUUUAGCUCAAGAUGAUAUAUAA